GAGAGAGAGAGAGAGAGAGAGAGAGAGAGAGAGAGAGAGCCGGGAGCACUAUUUGGGCAAACGGGGUUAGAAUUUCAAACAAAUUUGGGAACCCUCCAUCGUCAACUCAAACUCCGACUCCGACACCGACACCGUUUCCACUGCCGCUUUCUUCUUGCUCCGGCGCCGAACUCCAGCCAAUCCAAUAAUCCCGUCAGCCUUUGUUCCAGCUUUUAGUUUCAAGAAAACGACUGCCUUGUUGGGGCUGGAGAAUCGAAACAGAGUGAAAAGAGAAAGAGUGUGGUAAGGUUCCGCCAUGGGUGCGCUUGCUCCCAUCUCUCCUUGGAUUCCUGAAGACGACCUCUUACUCAAGAACGCCGUCGAGGCUGGUGCUUCUUUGGAGUCACUUGCUAAGGGUGCAGUGCAAUUCUCUCGAAAGUUUACUGUUCGAGAACUGCAAGAUCGAUGGUUUACUCUCCUUUAUGAUCCAAUUAUUUCUGCUGAAGCAUCUGCUCAAAUGAUUGAGUUUGAGCGUUCUGCUUCAAUGCUUCAAUCGAAGUUCAAUAGAUUUGGAAAUUUGAAAGAGAGCAAGUGUGCCAUAGGGAAGAGAAAAGUGGAAAGUGUUCGUAGUUGUUACUAUGCUUUGCGUAAAAGGAUCUGUAAUGAACCAUUUAAUUCCAUGGAUCUCACUUUUCUUGUUGGCCCUACUAAUAAUACUUAUGUUGGAAAUGGAGACGCGCCUUUAUCUGCAAAUUGCAUGCUUGGAGAUGCAGUCUCAAACCCAUUUGGGCUUGGAGUUUCAGAAAUGAAUAAUAUGACUUGUGCCUUUCCAAAUGUUCUGAUGGAUGCUGAUGAUGGGACUAUCCAUAGUUUCCACAAUGGUCUUGGAAACCCAGCUGAAGAAAACUUUUCUAUUGAGCAAAAUAACAUGCAUGAAGAAAUUUCUCAUGUUCUUGGAGAAGAUAUGCCUUCGACUAGAAAUGUCUCUGGGGUUGAGGAGAUGGGAGAACCAACAGAUUUGGCAGCCAGCCUCUUUGAAGGGGUUGAAAUAGAAGUGAAAACCUCUCCUGCUUUCAAUCAAGUUGAUGGUGAUCAGUUGAAUAUGUGUCCUGAAUUUGAAGGGAAUAAGGUCUUUGAUUCCCCUGUCUCAGGAUCUGUUACACCAUUUAACAACAUGGAGUAUUUAUCUCCACUUCCAGGGAUGUCAAUUUGGAAAACAGUCUCAACACCAGCUUUACCAGUGGAUAAUUGUCUUGGGGGCAGAGAUCUAUGCUGUGGAGACUCUUUUCACCUUCCUGAUGAUUAUGAUGCUAGGAGUACAAGAACAUCUGGCUUUGAUGUUCACUCAGAAGUCAAGGUGAAAAUGGAAACGGCCUACGAUAAUUUUCAAGUUCAUAAUGGCACUGACAAUUAUUUGGCAGAACUAUCCAAUUCUCUUUUAAACUUCAAUGAUGAAGAGCUCUUGUGUAUGAAUACUGAUGGAAGAGAUAUGAUCGAUAAGUCUUACUAUGAUGGCCUAAGCUCACUUUUGUUGAGCUCACCAAAUGAUGUUAGUCAAGAUCAGAUGACCAAUAUAACAGAACUAGAGACAUCAAUAGCUCCAGAUAUAUGUCCUGCUAAUUCAUUUGGUCCAUGUCAUGGAGAGCUACAUGAUGUUACGGAGUGUCAUAAGGGUGAUGAACAAACAUCAUUCAGUUCUCCAAGCCAGAUGCAAUCAUCUAUAUCAGCUUCAAACCUUCAAUAUCCUGAAUUAGAAGAUGGAGUUAUGUGCUGCGUGUUAAAUACUGAAGACCCUGAAGUUCCAUGCAAUGAUAAUGUUUUUAUAUCAAAUCAGCCAGCAGUGAUGUUGUCUACAGCAGAAACAAAACUUCAAGAAACUAAUAGACCACUUUCUUCAUCUGUUGAGGACUUCAGUAGUAAUCAACGAACUAAUGAUAGAGGACCUAACUUGAUGCAUAAAGAAAGAAAAACUCCUGGAGAGUCUCAUGUAUUUUCUCAUGUGAUGGGAUCACAUGUUUCACAAGAAAUGGGUCUGAAUCCUUCAGUUGGUAGUUUUGGGGUUAAGUUUGCAGCUUCCAAGUCUGACUCGGCUAAUAUGGCAUCUAAGGUUGCAGGAAUUGCUAGUAGUGGUCUAAAUUCUGCAAAUUCGGGUACAAGGACACUCCAAGAGACUCUGAAGGAAGAGAGCAGAGAAAUGUUAAUGGCCAAGCAUCUCAACUCAACUGAUAUCUCUAUAGAGAAAGCAGCUUCAGGCUCUGCAAGCUUUAAAAGCUACCCACACGCAAAUGCCGUUGGUAUCAAAGAGGAACAUGAUGGGUCCAGAGAACAGGAGUCAAUACAUGCAGAGCUGACACCCAUGAAUACUACUGUUUUUGAACCACUUCUAGACAAUCCAACAGCAGAGCAGGAUGGGGUUCUUCAUGAGAGUGAAGAUGACAUACCUUAUUAUUCGGAUAUUGAGGCAAUGGUACUUGACAGGGACUUGGAUCCAGAUGAACAGGACUUGCAUUCUAGUGAAGAAGUCUCAAGAUAUCAGCAUGAGGAAACUAAGAGAGCAAUAAUACGGCUGGAGCAGAGUGCUCAUUCUUAUAUGCAACGAGCUAUUGCAUCUCAUGCAGCUCUUGCCAUUUUAUAUGGACGACACUCAAAGCAUUAUAUUAAGAAACCUGAGGUGUUAUUAGGUAGAGCAACAUUUGAAAGCCCUGUUGACAUUGAUUUGGGAAGAGAGGGUCGUUCCAAUAAGAUAUCCCGGAGGCAGGCUAUUAUAAAGAUGGACAAGGGUGGAUCUUUCUAUCUGAAAAACCUUAGCAGCAGGUUUUCGAUAUGUGUAAACAGUAAAGAAGUAGGCCCUAAGCAGAGUCUAAACCUUAAUUCCAGUUGCUUGAUCGAGAUAAGAGGGAUGCCAUUCAUAUUUGAGACGAACCCAACUCGUGUGAAAGUGUAUCUGGAUAGCAUGAAGACUAACCAAACCCAAGAGGACCAAUUAUAACAUACAGGAGGUGCAAUGAAUGGUAAUUCUCAUCAGAAGGUGCUCUUUUUAUUUAUUUUUUCUUUCUAACUGCCCUUACUGGGUAAUCUAAAAGUCUGUUUUUCACUGUGUAACUAGUCCUACUGAUGUUGAACUGAACUUAUUCUUAAAAAAAAAAUCAAGGCAAUUUCUUCA